AUGUUACCUCAUGCAGUGUUCCUCCUCACCGGGAUACCUGGGCAUGAAGACCUCCACAUCUGGAUCUCCAUCCCCUUCUGCUCUAUGUACAUCAUCACCAUCCUGGGGAACGGCUCCAUCCUCUUCGUCAUCAAGACAGAGCCAAGCCUGCACGAGCCCAUGUUCUACUUCCUCGCCAUGCUGGCCACCAUCGACCUGGUCCUCUCCACUUCUACCAUGCCCAAACUUCUGAGCAUCUUCUGGUUCAGGUACAGAGAGAUCGGCUUCCACGCCUGCCUCCUCCAGAUGUUUGUCGUACAUUUCUUCUCAACCAUAGAGUCUGGGAUCUUCCUGGCUAUGGCUCUCGACCGUUACAUCGCCAUCUGCCACCCACUGAGACACAAGACCAUCUUGACCAAUGCGAUCGUAGCCAAGAUCGGGCUGGCAGCCACGGUCCGGGGCGUGUUGUACAUCUCCCCGCUGAUCCUCCUUGUCCGACAGUAUGGGUACUACAGGACCCACGUCAUCCCACACUCCUACUGUGAGCACAUGGCGGUUGUGUUGCUGGUGUGUGGGGAUCUCACCGUCAGCAGCCUCUAUGGCCUGACCGUCGGCUUCCUUGUGCUGCUCGUGGAUUCGCUGUUCAUUGUCUUGUCCUACAUCAUGAUCCUGCGGGCUGUGCUCAAGCUGGCUUCAGCUGAUGCCCGUCUCAAGACCUUCAGCACCUGCGUCUCCCAUGUCUGUGCCAUCCUGGCCUUCUAUGUCCCCAUUGCUGCCUCAUCGCUGACGCACCGGUUUGGCCACAAUGUAUCUCCUUACAUCCACAUCCUAAUGGCCAACUUCUACCUCCUGGUCCCACCCAUGCUGAACCCCAUUGUGUACGGGGUGAGGACCAAAAGGAUACGGUACAGAGUGCUUAAGAUGUUCUUAUUGAGUAAGCCUGGCCACUGA